AUGUCGUCUCCAGCAUCGAAAUCUGUCCUCGUCACAGGGGCGACCGGAUUUGUCGCCUCACACCUCAUUCUUCAGCUUCUCUCCCGCAACUACAAUGUCCGCGCAACAAUUCGCGACUCAUCAAAAGAAUCGGCUGUUCGCCAGGAUCUCAACGCUGCAGGAGCCAACAACAUCGCCAAACUCGCCUUCUUCGUGGCAGAUCUGACUAAAGACGAAGGUUGGGAAGCUGCCAUGGAUGGUUGCGACUAUGUUCACCAUGUUGCUUCACCAUUUCCAAGUCAAGCGCCCAAGGAUGAAAAUGAGCUGUUGAUACCGGCGAAAGAGGGAACCCUCAGGGUUCUCCAGGCGGCAGCGCGAGCCAAUGUGAAGCGGGUGAUAUUUACAUCAUCCUUUGCAGCAAUUGGUUACGGAAAACAACACAAGGAUGAAUUCGAUGAAAGGGAUUGGUCAGAUCCAGAAGGUCUUCCGGUCUACCACAAGAGCAAACUCUUUGCUGAACGUGCAGCUUGGGACUUUGUGAAUCAGCAGCAAGACUCGAGGCUCGAACUUGUCGUUCUCAACCCUGUGGGCAUUUUUGGCCCUGUGCUGGGCCAAAAGGUCUCUUCAAGCAUUGGUCUUAUCAAGACAAUGCUUGAGGGAGGAAUGGCGGCCUGUCCACGCAUCUACUUCAACCUCGUGGACGUGCGCGAUCUGGCAGACAUGCACAUUCUUGCAAUGACACAUCCCAAGGCAGGCGGAGAACGUUUUAUUGCAAGCGGGGACGGAGCGCCCCUGUCUCUAAUGGAUGUUGCAAACAUUAUCCGUGGUCAGAGACCAGAGAAAGCGGCGAAGGUACCGAAAAGACAGCUACAGGAUUGGAUGGUAAAGACAAUCGGGUUCGUGAACCCUCAAGUGCGAAGUUUGGUUCCCCAACUUGGACAGAGGAGGAAAUUAAGCAAUCUCCAAGCAAAGAGAAUUCUAGGGUGGAAACCAAGAGCCGUGGAGGAUUGUUUGGGAGAUACUGUAGACAGCCUGGCACAGCAUAAGUUGAUAUAG